AUGAUCCACGGCACGAAGCCUGCAGUGAUUAUCCACGGCCCGGAGCCUCCAGUAAUGAUCCAAGGUCCAGAGUCUCCAGCGACGGUCGGCAGUCCAGAGUCUUCAGCGACGGUCGGCAGUCCAGAGCCCCCAGCGACGGUUGGCAGUCCAGAGCCCCCAGCGACGAUCAGCAGUCCAGAGCCUCCAGCGACGGUUGGCAGUCCAGAGCCCCCAGCGACAGUCGGCAGUCCAGAUCCCUCAGCGACGGUUGGAAGUCCAGAGCCCCCAGCGACGAUCAGCAGUCCAGAGCCUCCAGCGACGGUUGGCAGUCCAGAGCCCCCAGCGACAGUCGGCAGUCCGGAACUCCUGGCAACGAUCCACGGUCCGGAGCCUCCGGCGGCGACGAUCUACAGUCUGGUUCCCCCGGCAAUGAUCCACGGUCUGGAGCCUCCGGCGACGAUCCACAGUCCGAUAACUCCCUCUCACUCCUUCACCACCACCUCCCUGGGUCUUAACCCUCUGUUGGGCCCCGCCACACUUGAAGAAAGUGCCCUGUCUAAUCUGGGGGAGCAGGCCUUGAGCCUGCAAAAGGCGCGGGAGCGGCGCUUUGCCGGAUGCCCUCCUACUGAGCCAGUCAGUCAGCCCAGCUACAUGCAGCCAUGGUUGCCUGUCGUCGCACUAAAGAGACAGAUAUUCCCUACUGAAACAAAGCCCCACAAAACCCAAGAGUCCCCAGAAGGGAUGAGUAACAAAGGGCUCAAUGGUGUCACCCGUCCCCUCCAAUCCCUCUCCUCCACUCUCCCCCUCUCUGGCCGGCUGACCCCCUGA